AUGGUUUUUAAAGCUGAAGAUAUUGUCUACACAAUGAGAAAGCAAGGCAUUGAACCUAAUGUUGUCACAUACACCACUCUCAUGCAAGGUAUGUUUCAAUUAGGGAGGAUUUCAGCUGCAGGUGAACUUUGGAGAAAGAUGUUGGCUCUUGGACAAGUUCCAAAUCUGGUAACUUGUUCCAUUCUGCUGGAUGGUUACCGCAGAGGUGGUAAAAUUGAAGAGGCAUUAAAAGUUCUCCGAGCAAUGCAGUACAGUGGGUUGAAACUCAAUAUUAUCUCAUAUACUAUCCUAAUUGAUGUCUUGUGCAAAGCUGGCCGUAUCGAAGUUGCAAAGGAAGUGUUUGGUGAACUCUCCGUCAAUGCAUCGUAUCAUCAGAGUUCGAUAAGCAAGUGUUUCAUAUCAGCUGUUGACUGCCUGCCACUAGCGUUCUCUGAUGCCGAUGGCGGUAAUGCGGGGGAAGCAAGUCCGGUCCCUUCGUGA